AUGGGGAUCCCUCUUUAUCAAGAGACACCGGCCAAGGCCAAUGAAGAGAAAAAAGGCAUCGACAAUUCCAACUUGUUCAAGGUCCUUCAAGAGGAAAUCUCAGCCAAGGGAAGAGAAUUGAGUAGAGAGCUCCGAGACAUAAGAACAGGGAUCGAAACUCUCGCUGCAUCCCUUGAAAUUCUGGAAGAUGAUAUUGAGAACAUCGGCUCAGAAGUGUUUUUAAACGCCCUCGCUAGCCACUGCCCAGGUGGAGAUAGAUGA